AUGCCAAUCGAGGAACCUGAGCACUUUCGAUCGCUAUAUCGUAUGUAUCCAACAUCAUUUGAGAAGCUAUGUGAUCUUAUUAGAACCAAGACAUCUCUAAAAGACACCCGCAACAUAUGCGUUGAAGAAAUGGUGGCUACGUUUCUUCUCACCAUUGGUCAAAGUUCAAAAUAUUGUUAUACAAUAGACACAUUUAAGAGAUCAGUAUUUGCGACUAGCGAGAAUUUUCAUAAGGCAUCCUUGUUACUCAGCAAAGAGAGUAUGCUAAUAAUUGGAGAAAUGAUAGCUUCUAAAAUGUGGGCAGAUGCUGUGGGAACUGGAAGUCAA